AUGCAUCAGUUUUGUCUUCAUGAAUCACGCAGUUGUGAUUGUGAUGAUCAGUUUUUUAUAAAAUACAUUUGGUCAUAUGGUGAUGGUCAAUGUAUUACUCCUUGGAAUCGUUUCGAUUAUCAGACAGUUUUACCAACAGAUAUGUAUUGUCAAAGUCGACAUGAUAUAAAUCAUAUGUGUGAAGCAAGUUCACGAUGGCGUCUAUGGACAUUAGCAAAAAUUGGUUUAUGUUCGAAUAAAUUUGGUUAUAAUGAUUCAAUUUUAAGUAUGGAACAAACAAAUUUUUCUAUUGUGGAUCAAUGUAUCUAUUUAAUUUGA